AUGGAUUCCUCUUUAAGUAGCUCUACAAAAGACGGGAUGAACAUACUUGAUGAGUCAGAUGCGACUGUAAACAAAAGGCCUUUGUUCCCGUGGAAAGUUCCCAACCCAUUGAUUCCUCCUCCACAGCUUACUUUAUACAACAGUUUUACAAGAAAGAAGGAACCAUUUGUUCCACGUGAAGGUAGAAGGGUCAAAUGGUACAUAUGCGGUCCGACAGUUUAUGAUUCCUCACAUAUGGGACAUGCUAGGGCCUAUCUUUCUUUCGACAUUUUGCGACGGAUAAUGCAAGAUUAUUUUGGUUAUGACGUACAGUUUGUUAUGAAUAUUACUGAUAUUGACGACAAAAUUAUCAAAAGGGCUCGUCAAAAUCAUUUGUGGGAGGCAUACGUAGAGAAGAAAGAAUACCAGAAGGAUAAGACAAAACUUUUAAAAGACAUGGUUGCGGCGGUAGAGUUCUUCAGAAAGAAAGUUGAUGCAGAAGUGGAUCAAGAUAAGAAGAAGAUGCUGAUAGGAAUUGUGACGAGAGUUGAUGAUGCUGUCAAGAAGGUCGAAUCUGUUUUGUCAGAAACUAAUGAAAGCGAAAGUGAAGUCUUGUCGGAAAAAGUGCUCUGCGCGCAAGAAGAGCUAUUGAAGCAGUCAAAAGAUGUCAUGUUCGAAUGGCUAGAUGCGCAGCAUGGAUCCGCUGUUACACAACUUUCUGUUUUCGAGAAGUUAGCUAAAAAAUACGAAAAUGAGUUUUUGAACGAUAUGAAGCAACUGAAUGUGCUGCCUCCUGACGUACUGGUUCGAGUCUCUGAAUACAUUCCUGAAAUAAUAGAAUACAUUAAAAAAAUAGUAGAGAAUGGUUACGGUUAUGUGGCUAAGGACGGAUCGGUUUAUUUCGACUCUGUUGGCUUUGAGAAUAAUUCAAAGCAUUCCUACGCAAAAUUGGUUCCAGAAGCUUUUGGCGACAAUGAGGGCCUAAUGAAGAAUAUGCAGGAAAGUGAGGGUGAACUCAGUAUGGGUAAUUUACAGGCAAGUUUACUGUCAAGGGACAUUAAUGAGAAGCGGAACCCAACAGAUUUUGCUUUGUGGAAAGCGUCGAAAAGCGGUGAGCCGUACUGGGAAAGUCCUUGGGGCAAAGGUCGUCCUGGUUGGCAUAUAGAGUGCUCUGCAAUGUGUUCUUGUAUAUGUGGCUCAUCUUUGGAUAUACAUUCUGGAGGCUUCGAUUUGAAGUUCCCACAUCAUGACAAUGAGAUAGCCCAAGUUGAGGCACAUUUCGACUCUUCGAACUGGGUUAAUUAUUUUUUGCAUUGUGGAACUUUACGUAUUGCUGGACUAAAAAUGUCAAAAAGUUUGAAAAACUUUGUCACUAUUCAAGAAGCAUUGAAGCAAUACACAGCACGGCAGUUAAGGAUACUUUUCUUAAUGCACAACUGGGCUGACGUUCUUGAUUACAAGUUAGUUAAUUAA